AUGAAUAGGGAUGAGAACCUGUUGGCUGCUGCCCUUUGCUUCUGGAAUUCUGCCAACAACACCUUCGACUUCCAUCUGGGUCCGAUGUCUCCAACUUUGCUGGACAUGGCUCAAAUUUUUGGAUUCAUGCCCUAUGGAAGGCUUGUGGAUGUAGUUGGUGAUUAUCAUAGAAGGAAGAACCAUGAAAAAUUGGCGAAGCCCUUCACUAUCCCUCCUGCCACAAUCAACUAG